AUGGAAAAGAAUACCAUAAUCAACUUUGAAAUCACGCUGUUAAUUUUGGCCAUAGGACACACUGAGGACCUGCAAGCAGACCUGAUGAACGAAUGCUACGUGACCCACGUUCACUACCAGGACUCAUCCGAGGAGCCCAGAGGGAAGCUGAAACGCACAGAGGAGCAAAUCGUGUCUUAUUGUUACCCCGGGGAUUUGCCGGGUUACGCAAUGGCAGUGAGUGAGCACCUCGCCGUGACCGUGAAUGAGCUGGCAAGCCUGGAAAUUGACCCCUGGGGAACACCGAAAGGAAUCCUGGCCAGAGCAGCACUGUCGUGCAAUUCAGUCGAAGAAAUGGUGGAGAUUUUGACUGACAAAGGACACGGCAUUUCCAGUGGACUCUCUUUCAAUGUCAUGACACUGAGUGAACCCAAACGCAGAUUAUUCAACAUUGAAGUGGCCUGCAGGGAACGGGAUCCCGAAGGGAAUUUCUUGCCAGACAGGCAAUCCAGAGUCAGUGUGCACGAAGUCAAGGAAAAUGAGGUUUUCUUCCACUGCAACCUGUUUCAAAGAAUACCAGUGAAGCCCUACGAAGGAGCAGGCGCGAGUAGCGAGUGCAGGUUGAGGGUUCUCACCAACAACUACCCGCAACCGACAUCCAUUGACGACUUGAGAAUGAUGCUGAGUGACGACUCAGACCAUGAUUACCCAGUUUUCCGAGAAAAGGGUGCCAAGGAUAAGGCAAAGACUGCAGCCAUCACGAAAGGAAUCCUGGCCAGAGCAGCACUGUCGUGCAAUUCAGUCGAAGAAAUGGUGGAGAUUUUGACUGACAAAGGACACGGCAUUUCCAGUGGACUCUCUUUCAAUGUCAUGACACUGAGUGAACCCAAACGCAGAUUAUUCAACAUUGAAGUGGCCUGCAGGGAACGGGAUCCCGAAGGGAAUUUCUUGCCAGACAGGCAAUCCAGAGUCAGUGUGCACGAAGUCAAGGAAAAUGAGGUUUUCUUCCACUGCAACCUGUUUCAAAGAAUACCAGUGAAGCCCUACGAAGGAGCAGGCGCGAGUAGCGAGUGCAGGUUGAGGGUUCUCACCAACAACUACCCGCAACCGACAUCCAUUGACGACUUGAGAAUGAUGCUGAGUGACGACUCAGACCAUGAUUACCCAGUUUUCCGAGAAAAGGGUGCCAAGGAUAAGGCAAAGACUGCAGCCAUCAGUAUUUACGAUGGGGUUUCAAACGAGUGGACAAUUUUCGGCGACAAGGCGACGAAUGAUUCUGCCUUGAAGCUCACCUUGCCGUUGGUAGCUGGUCCAUAG